AUGGCGGACGGCAGACCCCAUCAUCAGGCCGCCCAGCCUUCCUCGAACUUGACCAACACCGCAUACGAUGCCAACUCUCUCAGCCAUGAGUUCGAACAGUUGAUGCGUACAAAGCGAUUCAAUCAACUUCACGAUUCAUCCCGGUCGCGAGCUGGAUCUCAGUCGCCUGCGCCUUCGCACGCCAGUCACUCGAUCCCGCCGCCUUCACGAGCGCCGCCACCUCCUCCCUCCCUUGGCACCGAAAUGCGACCGGCCUCGCAACCACAAUCUUCCACACCAGCCCUUCGUGGCCUCCCGAUCAUGCCAUCUCCUCCCCAGGAUGCGGCCGGACUCAAGUUUUUUAAUCUACUAAAGGGACUGUCGGUUACGCCGACCAAGUACGAAAACCCCGGUCUCCUCGACGAGGCUCUGUGCACUCUUCCUCUGGACCGCCUCUAUCCCGAGGCUGAAGAGGAAUCUCAGAUCAUGCAAGCCCAGGCGGCCAGCGUGGGAGGAAAGCCGGAAUGGGGAUAUCAGGAUUGUGUAAUUCGGGCAUUGUUGAAGUGGUUCAAGAACUCUUUCUUUCAAUUCGUCAACAACCCCCCAUGCUCCAAGUGCUGCAUGCCCACGAUCGCUCAGGGCAUGACGCCCCCCAGUCCCGACGAGACCGCCCGUGGCGCCACCCGUGUCGAGCUGUACCGCUGCUCCGAGCCCAACUGUGGUGCCUAUGAGCGAUUCCCCCGUUACUCCGAUGUCUGGCAAUUGCUGCAAACACGCCGGGGCCGUGUGGGAGAAUGGGCCAAUUGCUUUAGUAUGCUCUGCCGCGCCGUUGGCGCCCGUGUCCGUUGGGUAUGGAACUCGGAAGACUACGUCUGGACUGAGGUGUAUUCUGAACACCAGCGUCGUUGGGUCCAUGUAGAUGCAUGUGAGGGAGCGUGGGAUCAGCCCCGUCUCUACACUGAGGGAUGGCGCCGCAAGAUCUCUUACUGCGUUGCAUUCUCCAUCGAUGGUGCAACCGACGUAACCCGUCGCUACGUCCGCAACUUCUCCAAGCACGGCAGCCCUCGCAACCGUACCUCGGAGGAGGUCGUCCUUUGGUCCAUCCACGAGAUUCGCCGAAAGCGUCGUGAGAACAUGUCCAAGACCGACCAGCGCCGGCUCAUCAAGGAGGAUGAGCGUGAGGAGCGUGAGCUUCGUGGGUACACAGCCUCUGCUCUUGCAGCUGAGAUUCAGAAAAUUCUUCCACGCAGCCUGGUUGGACGUCCCGAUGACCAGAAACACGCCGAUGAUCGCGAGGAAGCUGCCUCUGAGUGGCUCAGCGCCCGUGGCCACGGUCACUCUGGACCGGAUCGUUCUAACGGCGGGCCAUAA